CUUAUUAAAUAGAUACACAUGAUUUCAAUAAUGCAGAUUUGGACUGAAAAUGAACCAGUGUGGACACAGAAACUACUAUUUGAACAACUUGAAAGCCAAUUUUUCUCUAAACUUUACGGAUGUUACCAAUCUUCUCACCCAACACAGCUUUGAAUCCGUUUUGACCACAACGGCUCAACGCGCUGUAAUAUUUGAUUGGUAAACUGAUAACUACUUGCCAUAAUGACUAAGAAGAAGCCUAAGAAUUCCCACAUGCAAGGCAGUGGAGGUGGCGGUAAAAAGAAACCAUCGCAAAAUAAACAUCCUGCUCCAUCCAAAAAGCAUCAAGAUUCCUCGGGCACGUCGAUUUCAAAAUCAUCAACGAUGGAAAAUCUUUCCGCUGAAAAUCCUUCCACGUCCAAUACAGACUUGACACAAAAAAUUACAUCAAGCACUAGCUUGCAAAAUAUUCCGUGCGCUAAUGAAGCAGCGGAUCAAAGUUGUCGAUCAACAGACUCUUCCGAACACUCUAAUGAAAGUUCCAAGCAAUCUUCCGACGUAGUUUCGAAGCCGAGAGUUCACUUUGACGAAACAAAGCUCAUCCUGAAUCUCGAUGACGCAGAGCUAAAGGAGCACUGUGAAAUAGUCGAUAAAGAUACAUUUGAUUCUGCUAGUUUGCAGGCUCACCACGAAACUCUUACUUCGGUGUGGAGAGAACAUUUGAAGUUUAGCAUCGAAGAAUCCAAAUACAUGCUGGCCCAGUUGAGCCGCGCAACUCAAAAGCAGCCAGUCUUAAAUGAACAUAAAGCUACGGAGCCAAUUACUUCAAACAUGGUUCGGAAAUCCGAAUCAUCGGUUGCGAAUAAAGUAACCGCUGUUGCAGAUAGUUCUGCUUUUUGUCAGGCGGAAGAAAGGUGCUGGCGACAUAAUUGUGGUUUCAGCCACAUCAAAUAUGUUUUGGCCGAACAGGCUUUUUAUGCUCAUUUGGCAGAAAGUGCAAAAAACGUAAGGAAAAACACGAAAUUUUGCUCCUUACAAAAAAUAGGCAAGACAGAGCAAAAUCAAAAAGAAGCGAAAAGCAAAGUCAGUUUCUCAGAAGAAUCGACUGACGUUUCUUUGUUCAGCGAAGAUUCUUCCGUUUGGUCCAAACGACCGUUCUUCGAGAGCUCUGAAAGUUUGUUCUGGGCUAAAUCAAGCGUCAGAAAGGAGUCUAAUUGGGUUGAGAAACCUGCCAACAAAAUAUUUAAUGAGCAACUUCUGAGCACAAGAGUUCCAGUUGAUAUGCUACCUGCAUAUUAUAAAGCAGAAGAAGCAUACUUCUGCCAUCGUUACAGCACAAAUUCUUUAAAAGUUGCAAAUGCAGAAUGCGAGUUCUAUAAGCAUGUAGUGCAAUCUGAAAGUGUAUCUACGAAAGCAUCGACUUCUAAACCUGACCAAGCCUUAAAUAACGCAAAAUCACAGCCUAUUGCUAAAAGCAAGGAAGAGGCCUUUAUGGAUCCGGAAGUUCUCCUUAAUUUAAAAUCGUCAAAUGAUAUAUGGAUUCCUUAUGGAGACUCAGUUUGGCUGAAAAAGCCAGCGUUUCAUAACGCCGAAACUCGGUUUUGGCACAAUUCGAAUAUAGAGAAAAACAACACCGAAUCCAAAAAUCCGUCUUCGAAACGUUCGGAUUCCAAACAGAACUCUAGUAAGAGCGAAAGUCAACGUUCAGCAGUAUCUUCAAACGUAGCUGCAAGUAGUCUGGGAAGUAGUAAAGCGACUCCAGGAAAGUCAAAGCAGGUUAAAGAUAUCUUGGACAACUGCCUUGAUUCGGAUGUUCUCAGAGCUUCUAGCCUCAUCCGCGAGGAGUUGAUGCGAGCCAGGGCCAUAAUUCAGGAGGCACUGUCGGAGGAAGGAUUGACGAAUCUGAAAGAAGCUGUGACUCGUGUAGACCACAUUGAAGCUGACCAGACCGACCUCAAAGACGUAACAAAAAGAAUUCAGAAUCAAUUACAGAGUUUAGAGGACCGUGUGAAGGGGCUCGAAGCUGUCGUCAAGAUGAAAAACGGAGAACGACCUACAACCAGUAGCGAAGUACGUCAGUGCUUCAUAGAUUACUUUGUCGCUAAACACGCACAUAGGUUUUGUCCCUCCUCAAGCACAAUUCCCCAUGAGGAUCCGACACUCCUGUUUGCAAAUGCGGGAAUGAAUCAGUUCAAACCCCUCUUUCUGGGAACUGCAGAUCCCAACAGUGAUCUGGGAAAACUAAAAAGGGCGUGUAACACUCAGAAGUGUAUCAGGGCAGGUGGAAAGCAUAAUGAUUUGGACGAUGUGGGGAAAGACACGUACCAUCAUACUUUCUUCGAAAUGUUGGGAAACUGGUCUUUUGGAGACUACUUCAAGAAAGAGGCCUGCUUCUGGGCUCUUGAUCUACUCACGAACUACUACAAAAUAAACAAAAGCAGACUUUACUUCACCUACUUUGGUGGCAACAAGGAACUGGGAUUGGAACCAGACGAGGAGUGUCGCCAGAUCUGGCUGGAUCUUGGAAUUCCAGCAUCAUGUGUUUUGCCUUUUGACAUGAAGGAUAAUUUCUGGGAAAUGGGAGACACUGGCCCCUGUGGACCCUGCAGUGAGAUCCACUAUGAUCGGGUGGGAGGAAGAGACGCCGCUAGUCUUGUGAAUAUGGACGACCCUGAAGUUGUGGAAAUUUGGAACCUGGUCUUUAUUCAGUUCAACAGAGAAGUUGGCGGAGAUCUGAAGCCUCUACCGAAGAAACACGUCGAUACCGGAAUGGGAUUUGAGCGUGUGGUGUCUGUAAUUCAAGAUAAGAUGUCUAAUUAUGACACAGAUGUGUUCACGCCAAUCUUCAAUGCCAUACAAGAGAAAGCUAAUGUUCGGGCGUACACCGGAAAGCUGGGCCUGGACGACACGGAUUCUAUAGACAUGGCAUACAGAGUACUUGCCGACCAUGCCAGAACCCUAACAGUCGCUAUUUCAGACGGAGGCAGACCAGAUAACACGGGUAGAGGCUAUGUUUUAAGACGCAUCCUAAGACGAGCAGUCCGAUUUUCAACUGAAGUUUUGAAAGCGAAGCCUGGAUUCUUCGCCGAUCUCGUGGACACAAUUGUGGAGUGUAUUGGUCCUGUUUUCCCAGAAGUGAGGAGUUCUGUAGAUACUGUGAAGAAGAUCAUAAACGAGGAGGAACAGCAGUUUUUGAAGACACUUGUCCAUGGGCAGAAGGUGUUUCAGAAGACAAUCAGUCAGCUGGACUCUAAUAUUCUUCCAGGUCACCUGGUGUGGAGAUUGUAUGAGACGUAUGGGUUUCCUGUUGAUCUCACCACUUUGAUGGCAGAAGAGAAAGGUCUGCAGAUUGACCAAGAGGGAUUCGAGAAAGCGAAAGAACAUUCCAUCAUAGUCAGCCGAGGCGAAGGAAAAGUGGUGGGAGAAACUAUUACAUUAGACGUGCAUGCAAUCAGCGAGUUGGAAUCGAAGAGUGUCGCAAAAACAGACGAUUCUCACAAAUACCAAUAUUCAUCAAAUUUGGAAGGCAUCUACGAUUUUUCCUCGUGUGACGGAACAGUUCUGGGUAUAAUCAAAAACAAAGAGUUCUGCACGUCAGUAUCAACAGGAGAUGAAUGUGGCAUUUUGCUGGACAAGACUAAUUUCUAUGCGGAGUCAGGUGGCCAGAUAUACGACCAGGGAAUCAUCCAUGUUGAGGGAUCGGGUGCCAGUUUCCACGUCACUAAUGUGCAAGUGCACGGAGGCUAUGUUCUGCAUGUGGGGCAGGUGGAAUCUGGAACAUUUGCAGUGGGAGACAAAGUGGGAACUUUAAUCGAUGAGGAGCGAAGGCGGCCAACUAUGAACAAUCACACCACCACUCACUUGGUCAACUUCGCCCUGAGGAAUGUGUUGAGUGAAGAUGCGGACCAGAGGGGCUCCCUAGUGGCUCCAGAGUACCUCCGAUUCGACUUCACUGCCAAGGGAGCCAUGACUGACGAGCAGGUGGCCAAAGUGGAGGAGAUCGUGAACAAACUGAUCGCCAAUAAACUGCCUGUAUUCGCCCAAGUUGUGCCUCUGUCUAAGGGCAAAGCUAUUCAGGGCCUGCGUGCAAUCUUUGGAGAAACAUAUCCGGAUCCUGUCAGAGUUCUGUCUGUGGGAGCUAAUGUGGAUGAUCUCGUCAGCUCUAACGGAGAAGUGGAUGCUUUCCAGAACUCAGUCGAAUUCUGCGGAGGAACGCAUGUACAAAACAUUGGUCACAUCGAGCAAUUUGCUCUGAUAUCAGAAGAGGCUAUUUCGAAAGGUAUCCGAAGAAUUGUUGGUGUCACAGGGAAUCGAGCUAAGGAGGCUAUGAUUACUGGUGAGACUCUGUUAGCGAGAUUGAAAGAUGUCAACAGCCGGAUGCCCGAAGGAGAGUGCGCUGACCUAUUGAGGAUUAAACAACUGGACUCAGAAUUUGUUUCACUUAAGCAGGAUAUCGAUACAUUGACUAUAUCGCAAAGUGUGAAAAGAAAAAUAGCGAAAGAUGUUGUUAACGGAAGGAAAAAACUGGCAGAACUAGAGAGGAAAAGCACUCAACAAGCACAAGCUAACCUAACCGAAACAGUGAAGGAGCUACUGGCUAGUUCCAACAAAAGUUUCCUGAUACACAAAACUCCCGAAUCCACAGAUGAUAAGACAAUGAACAAAGUUGCACAAACCAGUGAUAAGCCGAUCGUCAUGCUCUCCAAUCAACCCGAGAAGAAAAUCAUCAAAUGCUUGAUUAGUGUGCCGAAGGCCUUCCAUGUUAAAAUCACUGCCGACACCUGGAUGGAUUCGCUUUCGAAGGGCGGAAUUUCGUGCAAGGGAGGUGGGAAAGGAGCUAAUGCUCAGGCCCAAAUAGCAGUCAAACCCGAAGAAGUUGAGUCAACUAUGGCGCAAAUUGAGUCCAUACUCGACAGUUGCGCUUCUUCUUUGCUGUGAAACGACUUGAUUUUUUUUAAAUGGGCGAAUUAAUCGUCCAAUUUGUAUCUACUAAUUGAAAUAAUAAUGAUGGAAUAAUGAUGCCAAGUUUUUGACUAACAUGAAUAAGCACAUCAGCUGUUUUGUCUACAUAAUAAUUAUGCUUACAUUAGCUUGAAAAAGGGGUAACAGCCAGUUACUCCAAUGGACUGAAAUUCCAAUGUUUGCAAAAAUGUCAAUGUGUUGUAAGGUAGCGGUUGCAUAAUUUGGAAAUGUAAAUAUCCUAUUUAUAAUUUCGAUUUUUUUUGCUGAAUGUCACUUGAGUUUUGAUAAAUUUGUAAUCUAACUGCUAGUGCUGAGCAUGACUCGGUUGGAAUGGAAAUGACCCUUGUUUGGUGCUUGCUUAACCUUACCUAAUCCUCUUUAUUUUGAUGAAUAUGGGUGCAUCUUUUUCCAUAAUGUACUAACUUACUUCUGACCUUAUUAAUGGACUUUUUACCUUCUAUUGAACCUUUUUCAUUUUGACGCGGUAUCUGUCUAGAUUAGCUUCCUUGUUGCGUACGCGUACUAGAUUGAUGUUGAAUGAUGCCUCUUCGGAAGGCACUUUGUAACGCUCCCUGUAGAGAAAUAUUAAACCGUAUAUGUCUACGAAACGAAAUGAGAGUACCACAAUGAAAAUUCUGUUUUAUCCCUGAACAUUCUGUUUUAUCCCUGAAAACAUGUCAAAUUUGAUAAGGAAGCUAAUCCGUAUAGGAACUAGAGACUCAAAAAUGAUCAAUUUUGUGCUACGCUGUGCAUCACAAAAGAAAACUUGAAUACCGUUCAAUUGAAUGCGGUAAGUUCCGCAUCAGGAAACACGCCAAUUCUUUGUGUUGUCUGCCUGUUGAAUUGUCGAUAAUAAUCAUUCUUUAUGCCUUUGCAUUUUGAAGCAAAGGUAAAAUAAAGUGUAAAUUACGUGUUCGGGACAUGACAUUUGAUGGGCGAUGCAAUUUACCAUUACUAACUUU